AUGGAUUUUGGAACAUUAGAUCAAUACAUUGCAGAUAAUCUUUCUCCGCUGAUCUAUCCAAGAUGGACGUUUACCGGGUUUCUUCUGCUUUUGUAUAUACGUAGAAUACUGCGAAUCAAAACCCACUCCGUAGUAACUUACUUCGUGGGGGUCUAUUUGCUUCAUGCCACCAUUCUAUUUCUGACACCAAAGGAUGAAAACAUCCCGGAUCCAUUUGAAAACACUGAAGAUGAGAGCUACAAUCCAAGAAAUAUCGAUAAUGACUUUAGACCAUAUGUCCGACGUCUUCCUGAGUUUGAUUUCUGGAAAAUGUGUUCACAAAUAAUUGCGGUGGCGUUUUUCAUAACAUAUUUUCCGUUCCUGGACCUGCCAGUAUAUGCUCCAAUUUUAGUGUUGUAUUUCAUAUUCAUCGUGUCCAUAACCUGCUACAAGUUGUGGAUGCAUUCAAAGAAGUUUAGAUACAAUCUCUUCUUCAUUAGCAAGUCAUCAUUAGAGCAAUAA